AGUGACGGUGGCUUGUCCAUUUUCCGAGCUCAACCAAUGAACUCUCUUCGACUCUUCUUUGUUUGCCCUAUAAAUCAGCACAAGGUCCCCGCAUUAAAGGCCAUCACAAUCAGCAUUGCACAGCUUCUUCACCCUCACAUGCAAAUGGCUAAGACGCUCUUCUCAUACUUCACCAUUCCCUUGUUUCUUUGCUUGUCUUCGCUUCACUUGGUCACUUCCUUCCCUUUUGCUAGUGGUCAGAUUGAUUACAAUUACAACUACAAUUACUAUGACAGGUCAUGCCCCCGUUUGGGAAUGAUUGUUAAGUAUGGUGUCUGGGCUGCUUUCAAGAAUGACACCAGAAUCGCUGCAUCCCUCCUUCGAUUGCAUUUUCAUGACUGCUUUGUAAACGGCUGCGAUGCUUCGAUACUUUUAGAUGACACGAUUCAUUUCAGGGGAGAGAAGAAUGCUUUUCCUAACCGUAAUUCAGCUAGAGGAUAUGAAGUCAUUGAAAGUAUGAAGGCAGAUGUUGAAAAGGCUUGCCCAUCAACUGUUUCAUGUGCUGAUAUAUUGACUCUUGCAGCAAGAGAAUCUGUCGUUUUGUCAGGAGGGCCUUAUUAUCCUCUUUCAUUUGGCCGAAGAGAUGGAUUGACUGCAAGUGAGAAGGCAGCUAAUGAACAAUUGCCAUCACCUAUUGAACCACUAGAAAACAUCACUGCUAAGUUCACAUCAAAGGGUCUUGAUAUGAAGGAUGUUGCAGUCCUCUCAGGAGCACACACCAUAGGUUUUGCUCAAUGCUUUACCUUCAAGAGGAGGCUUUUUGAUUUCAAAGGCACCGGCAAGCCUGACCCCACACUAGAAUCUUUGGCCUUGACAAACUUACAAGGCAUGUGUCCAAAUAAGGAUGCAUCAAACAGCAAUCUUGCUCCUCUUGACUAUGCAAGCACAUACCGAUUUGACAAUGCUUAUUAUGUGAACCUCGUGAACAGUACUGGCCUUCUUGAAUCUGAUCAAGCUCUGAUGGGGGAUCCAAGGACUGCUGCACUUGUUACUGCCUACAGUUCAAAUUCGUAUCUUUUCUCGGCUGAUUUUGCAUCAUCAAUGACGAAGCUUAGCAAUCUUGGUAUACUUACAGGGAGCAAUGGGCAAAUUAGAAAGAAAUGCGGGUCUGUUAACUAAAUAUAUUUAUGUCAUGUGAAUCUUUUUAUGGAACUUGUGAUGCUCAUCUAGCGGAUGAUUAUGUGACUGACGUUUUUUAUAUAUAAAAAAAGGGUUUAUUUA